AUGGAUUCUGGUGGGAAUCCCUCUGUAUCCCUAAACAAUGGGCUGGAUAUCCUUGUGGAUGCUCUUUUAAACACGUCUAAGUCAGGAUGGGAUGUGGAUAUACUGGACGCUUUAUUCGACCCUGAUGAUGUGAAACAAAUUAGAAACAUUCAUGUUGCAAAGGUAAAAAAUGCUGACAGAAUCAUUUGGAUAGAGGAUGAGAAAGGAGAAUAUACAAUGAAGAGUAGUUAUAGGAAACUUAAGCAAGUUAACUUCAGCCUGGAGCAAGCAGGUAGUGGCACUGGACCGCAAAUCAAGUGGUCCAAGCACCCUGGAAGGUGGAUUAAGCUGAAUGUUGAUGUUGCCCUGGAUUUCUACAAUUCAAAGAUGGGGUUUGGCUUUGUACUGCGUAAUUCGAAUGGCACUUUCAUGGUAGCCAAAAAGGGGGCUAACGUGAAUGAGAGAGAUCAGAACGGGUGGACUGCUCUCCACCGUGUUGCCUUCAAAGGGAGAAUGGAGUGCGUUAAUAUGUUGGUGAGCCACGGGGCUGAGAUUGGCGUGGUGGAUGGUUCCGGCUUCUCCGUUCGUCCAGUGGAGAAGAUGAACAGUGCCGUCACCGUUGGUUGGGGAUGA